UUGUGAUGGUACACGUCACUGGUAGUGUCAACUGGGCCGUCGUGACGGUGGGACGUUGUUGAAGAGUCUCACACCUGUCUCUCACACCUGUGACACACCUGGCCAUGUUGAGUGUGGCAGGCAGCGUGGUGGUGGUGUGCAUGGCGGUGCUGACGGCAGCGCAGCAGAGGGUGGCCCCGGGAGUGCCCCAGCAGCAGUACCAGCAAGGAGGUCCUGUCCAGCAGCAGGCACGGCCACCUGCAUCGCCCCAGCCUGCCGCUCAGCCUCAGGGUAAUGUUGGUGUGUCGCCGCAGCAGUACCGGCAAGCCCCAGGUGUCCCACCCCAACAACAGCAACAGCAGUAUCAGCAGCCACAAUAUCAGCAGCAGCAGCAGCAGCAACAGUUCCAGCAGCCAGUGCAACAACAAUAUCAACCCCCACCUCAACAACCCCCUCCACCUCCACAACAGCAGUACCAGGCACCACAGCAGGGUGGAGUGGCCCAUCAGCCUCAUAACAACCAGAGAGUCCUACACAACCCGAACUUGAGCCAGGAACGUGACCAUUUGAAGGAUCAUCUUGAGGUUCCUAUAGACACAUCUGGAAUGUCGGAACAGGAAUUGCAGUUCCAUUACUUCAAAAUGCACGAUGCUGAUAAUAAUAAUAAGCUUGAUGGACAAGAACUCAUAAAAUCUCUCUUCCAUUGGCAUGAUGCAGCUAACCAUGAUGCUGGGAAGUCUGGCCACGCUCCACCUGAGCCAAAACUCUUUACUGAUGAUGAGUUGGUAAAUAUGAUUGACCCAAUUCUGCUUCAAGAUGAUAAGAAUAAAGAUGGCUUUAUUGAUUAUCCAGAAUUUGUCCAGGCUCAGCGUAAUGCUGCGGCAGCAGCAACUGCUAAUGCUGGUUAACUCAUUUACAAGUAUUAUUAAAAUAUAAUUGCCAUUAAUAAUCAUUGCUUUCUGAAAGUGAUAUUUAUAUGUAAAAAUGAUAUUAAAGACUGUGAUUGAUUUCACAAACUGAAUGGGAUUGGGUAGUUUUUUACAAGCAUAUAUUACUAUAUUUUUUAAUACUGUAGUUAAUUUGAACAAGGUGAAAACAAGGAGUUAAUUAUUUACAAAUUUUUUAGUAAUGUUAACUGCACAUCAUGAAGCUGUAUAGUAUUUUAUAGAUCUUAAUGUGCAAUAUUAAUGAGGAAAACUACAUCUUGUGAUGUGGUUGUGAAAGUUGACAAUGAAUAAUAUGGGUCAAAAAGGUACUUGUCUAAUUUUUCAGUUGCACUACUAUCAUAAUUAGUAAACCUAGAAACUAGGGGAUUAAUUAGGUUGUGUAAAAUAAAUAAAUAAAUUAUAUAUAUAAAUUUACAAAUUUUCAUUUUCAGUUUGAUAUACAGGAAUAUUAUUUUAAAUUCACUGUACAGUACUGUCAAGUGUCAUAAUUUUAAAUAUACAAUGUACUGUAUUAAUAUUAGGAAUCAAUAGGAACAAAUCUUUUAAAUGUUGGUAAAAUUUAAAAAAAAUUUGGUUUUGGGUUGGCAUCACUAAGAAGUGCUUGUUGAGGUAAAUGUAUAGUCCACGGAUCUGUGAUAGUGAGUCUGCUGGAUUAAAGGUUAUUUUGGCUAUUAUUAAAGGCUUAAGGCAAUGUUGGCAAAAUGUGCCGACAUUAGUAUUACAGUAUUUUCAAAUUGGUGUAGGAUACCUUUAAUUGAAAUUGAAAUAAGUUUAUUGAGGUAAAAUACACACAAAGGGAUGAGGUAGCUCAAGCUAUUCUCACCCCAUUCAGUACAACGUGUUAAUAUAUACAUAGACACACAUCACAAAUAAACAUAUUACCAAACAUUCUGAGAGGUACCUUUGUCUGUCUUUUGUGUGUAGAGAAAUGAUUACAUUUAUAGGUGCUUGAAAUUUGGCGAAACAAUGAUGAACCUGUAAACUGGAAUAUAUAUGAUGUGUAACUAGUAUUUAUUGCUGAUACUUAUCAGCAUAUAUAUGAAUGUUUUAGUAGCUGGAAGGUAUAUGAUUAAGUUGUUAUAGUCUGAUAAAUCCAAUCUUUUUAGUGGUAAGGCAAAAUUAAUUCCCAUUUUAUGAUUAUUGAUGAAUACCCAAGUGUUUAAACACGUCCAAUUUGAGGGCAAUAUGUUAAAGGCUGGUGUUUUGUCUUAAAAGGGAGGGAGGGAAUAUAUAAAUUGUUUGUAUAACCUGUAAUGUAAAUUAUGCAUAAAAGGGAACUCUUUCCAUAAAGCCUUUUGAAAUUUAAGUUCA